CCACUUAUUCCUCUCUCUCUCUCUCUCUCUCUCUUGUUUAAUUUUUUUUUUUUUUUACAACUUAGUGCCUCUAAAAUCUCCAUAAUUUUGCAAUGGGAAACCCCCCAGAUAUUUACUACAAAAUACUCAACAUCUCAAAGGACUCCUCCCCUCAUGAGAUUCGCAGCGCCUACAAAUCCUUGGUGCGAAAAUGGCAUCCGGAUAAGCACCCUCCCUCCUCCAAGCCCGAAGCAGAAGCGCGCUUCAAAUCCAUCACCGAAGCCUACGAGGCACUGAGUGAUCAGCAAGAGAACAGGGCACUGUUUGGGGCAAACUGCGGCGGCGGCGGCGGCGGCGGCGGUGGCAACAUUGCCGGAGGCGGCAUUAACGGCGUAAACGGCGGCGCCGCUGCCGGCGGCAGCGCGGCGGCGCCGGGGGUUCGGAGGGGCGAGAAGGAUCGGAAGAAUGAGGAGGGUGUCUGGUGCAACUCGGCCGGGAAUGUGGGGAGGAGCCGCGCCGCGCUGGCGGCAUUCAAAAGCUCGUUCGAGCGGCGGAAGCUGCCGCCGGUGGAGCGGAAGAUCGAGUGCUCGCUCGAGGAACUCUGCCGCGGAUCCAAGAAGGAGAUCAAGGUCGUCCGCGACGUCGUCGCCAAGAACGGGGUGAUUGCGAAAAAGGAGGAAACACUGACAAUAAGAAUAAAACCCGGGUGGAGGAAAGGAACCAAGAUCACAUUCGAGAACAUGGGGGACGAGAGACCGGGGUGUCUCGCCGCCGACUUGGUCUUCGUGAUCAAAGAAAAGGAGCACCCCAUUUUCAAGAGAGUGGGGAAUGAUUUGGUUCUCAAAGUUGAGGUCCCUUUGAUCAAUGCUUUAACAGGAUGGGCAUUCUCUUUUCGACUUCUCACCGGAGAAAAAAUGAACUGCUCAUUCGAUGAGGAGAUCAUCUAUCCGGGCUACGAGAAGGUGAUCAAGGGCCAGGGAAUGCCCCUCGCGAGCGAAAAGGCGCUCGCGAGGGGCGAUCUGAGGAUAAAAUUCAGCAUCGUUUUCCCGAAGAAGCUGAGCGACGAGCAGCGGUCGGGCUUAGUCGAGCUUCUCAGGGACUGCACCUGAGUGUUGUUUUGAGUUGUUAUCUUUUGUUUCGCUUUGUGAAAUCUCCUUCCACUGUUAAUAUUCGGAAUCGUCGUAUAUAUGAGGAUAUAGCAGUUUUAUUAUUGACAGAGCAGAUGCGCCCGGCUUUAGUGUAUCUGUCCUAUCAAAAAGGCGAACUUAUCGUGUUAAUAUCACUACCCUCACAUGAGAGAGUUCACUAUGUAUAUAGUUUUUAUUUGUCACAUAUAUGGAUAUUUCAUAUUUGUUUAUAGUAUGAGUUGGUGAUAUUUCUCUUUA